CUGAUUGGCUGAGGGCGGCCACGCGGCGCGCCAAGGGUCUGGGGGCCGCGCAGGUAGGGCCACGUGGGGUUGGGGCGCGCGGGUUGAGCGUAACGCAUUGCUGCGCGGUGCGUGCCCGUCACGAGGUCUCUGUGCAGCUCUGCGGAUGUGCAGUCAGCAGUGCACUGCGAGGCAGCGUCAAGAGGGGGGAGUGCGGCGUAGCACCGUUGGAAGCGUGCAGUGCUGAUGGGCAGUUCAGUCAGUGUAACGCUCCACGGCAACGCAGCGCUAUCCCGAAAUGGCUGCCGUGCCCCUCGGCUUCGAUAUCGACGCCCCACGCUGGGACCAGAGCACCUUCAUGGGGCGGCUGCGGCACUUCCUCAACAUCACCGACCCGCGCACCGUGCUGGUGCCGGAGCGGGAGCUGGACCGGGCGCAGGCCGUGGUGGCAGGCUGCAGGGCCGGGAUGGUGCCACCGGGGAGCAGCCAGGAGCAGCUGCUGUAUGCCAAGAAGCUGUACGACUCAGCCUUCCACCCCGACAGCGGUGAGAAGAUGAACCUCAUUGGCAGGAUGUCCUUCCAGGUGCCAGGUGGCAUGGCCAUCACUGGCUUCAUGCUGCAGUUCUACCGGACAGUGCCAGCCGUGGUGUUCUGGCAGUGGGUGAACCAGUCCUUCAAUGCCAUCGUCAACUAUACCAACCGCAACGCCGCAUCCCCCAUCUCUCUGGCUGUUUUGUUUUAUAUUUCCAUGCAUCUGUUGCAAAUCACCAGGCAAAUAGGAGUGGCUUAUGUCACAGCCACCACGACAGCCCUGGCCACUGCUGUGGGACUCAACCUCUACACCAAGCGUGCUCCUCCCUUGCUCGCCCGCUGGGUCCCUUUUGCCGCUGUAGCUGCUGCCAACUGUGUGAACAUCCCAAUGAUGAGGCAACAGGAGAUCAUCCGUGGGAUCUCAGUGACCGAUGAGGACAACAAUGAGCUUGGGCAUUCCAGGAGAGCAGCGGUGAAGGGCAUUGCACAGGUCGUGGUCUCCAGGAUCACUAUGGCAGCUCCAGGCAUGAGUGAGUGUGGGAUGAGGAUGGGGACCAGAUCCAUAUUGCAGCUCUCAGCUUGGCCAGUGCUAAUGGAGCUGCGUGGGCUGGUGGGGUCCCUCACUCUUCUCCCCUCAUGCAGUCAUUCUGCCCAUCAUCAUGGAGCGUCUGGAGAAGCUUCCCUUCAUGCAGCGGAUCCGGGUUCUCCAUGCGCCGCUGCAGGUGCUGCUGUGUGGUGGGUUCCUGCUGUUCAUGGUGCCGGCAGCCUGUGCCCUGUUCCCUCAGAGAUGCUCCCUUGCGCUGGCUGACCUUGAGCCGGAGCUGCGGGACAGCAUCGUGGCCAAGCAUGGGGACAAAGUGCCAUAUGUCUACUUUAACAAAGGGCUGUGAAUAGAGGCUAUCUCAGGAGCCAUUGUACCCCUCCAGCCCCACACCACUGCCAGACCUGUGCCUGCGCAGGGCUUGGAUGCAUGGUGCUGCCCCCAUUAACCCAGUCUGGGAGUGGAGCUGGGGUCAUCUCCCAUUUCCCCCACCCCCAAACCACUUUGCUGCCUUAAACCACUGCAGGGGGCCUCUUUGCAAGAGCUGGAGCCCCCGCAGUGAGUGGGAAAGGACCCCUGUGUAGGGGAACACCCCCAAGUCCCAGGACCAGUGCUAGGACUGUGCCUUCCUUGCUCUCAGGUUCUGGUUUUAUUCACUUUGCGACUGUCACAAUCCCAAAGACCCAAAUAGAUAAUUGUUUUUAAGCUCUGAAUUUUGCAAUCAGCUCAUUGCACUGAGCAUGACAGCCAGGCAUCGCCUUGCCAUCUUGUGCCUCACUGUCCCUGUGCUGGGACCAAGGACAUGGAAAACACUUGAUUCUGGCCCCCCCCCUCACACAGGGAGGGUCACAAAGCCAUUGGGUUUUGAACUCAGGCUCCAAACAGACCACACUGCAAAUGACAGAGAUGGGGAGUGGCAAAUAAAACACGAUGAUUUUUAAAACA